UCCGGUAAAUGUUGUUAUAAAACCCAAUAAUAGCGAUGGUUGUUGAAAUUUUAGAUUAACACUAACAUUUGGACUUUAUUCAAUAUGAGAUUUGAAAUGCUCAGUAAACUUUUUGGACGCAGGAUCUGGUGUUUCAACGUAUUUACUUUGUGCAUUUUGGUCUCGGCAUGCACGGGCUACCCGUACUUCAGGGAAAGCAUUCCAAAUGGAAAUAAAGUGCCACACCCGUGUAUCAAGGGACUCUACUGGGAAGGUGUCGGCCACGAGAAUUAUAAAGGAUCUGGAACACGGAACAGCUUCGGACUGGACUUUGAGAAAAAUAGCAAGGUAUGGAACACUGAACUCUGCAACAAGGAUUCAGACGGUGAUGGGUUAACUAAUGGACAGGAAUUAGGUGACCCAGAUUGCACGUGGACUCCAGGCUCGCAACCGAAAACUACAGAAAACUUGUCACAUCCAGGGAUAUGUGAGCCCUUUGAUAGUCCACUUUGCGGCGGAAAACCUUCAUUUGUGAACUGUGAAGAUACUGGGCGGCUGGAGUGCGACUCUAGAAAUGAGCCAGACACUUUUAACUUUACGGUUCGAUUCCCGGAAACGAAAGUGCCAAACAAAGAGACCACGUACAUGUGUAUUACGUUUGAGCUGCCCAUGGACAAGGAGUACCAUCUAAUUGCAACGGAGCCCGUGAUAGACAACUCGGACAUCAUGCAUCAUACAUUAGUGUAUGGGUGCGAGGGAGUUAAUGUGGCCCCAAGGGAACUUAUGAAGCCGAUGGAAUGUGGCGGAACAAUGGAUGGUUGUCGGGAACUUUUUGGUGGAUGGUCCAUUGGGGGAAAUAGGGAUUCCCAAAAACCCAAAAACGUGGAAAAUCAAAUUUGUAAUGCUGAUUCAGCUAAACAUUCUAAAUAUUAUGAAAACAUCAUUUUGCAGCAUCAUUGGAACAACCCUCAAAAACUAUCCAACUAUAAAGACAGUUCUGGUAUAACCUUACAUUUGACCCCGAAGCUCCGCCCUUACAACGCCGGCUUCCUAAUGACUGGUCAGUUCCACCUUGAAAUCCCCCCUGGAGAGUCGCAUUACGAAGCUUCCGGUUCCUGUGGCGGAAGUUGUCUGUCGCAAAUGGUGAAUGGUACCAUCUACGUCACAAAAGUUAACAAUCACAUGCAUCUUCUUGGUGCAGCACAAUUCACAGAGCUACGAAGAAACAAUUCGUUUGUGAUGCAUCUUGCCGAGGACAAAGUUUAUGACUACAACACGCCUGUUUCUCAUGAUCAUAAGAAUCCGGUAAUGAUACAAAAGGGCGAUGAGCUGAAAACCACGUGUGUUUUUUCGUCUAUAACAAAGUCACAAGUAACUAGAUUUGGGGACGCAACUUCAGAUGAGAUGUGUCUUGCAUUCUUUACCUACUACCCAAAAGAGAAUUUCCAGUCUGGCCGAUGUGUGUCCUGGAAAAGUUUAAGCUUUUGUGAAACGAGACAAGAUGUGAUCCGUGGAUGUAACAGACGUAAAAUCUUGAACCUUGCGGAUCCUGAUACAGUGAACAUUACCAUGACGGUGAAUGCACUUUGUGUGCCAGAAGAAUGUCGAAUAAAAUGUUUGAACUAUGUAAGAGAACUUAAGCAGCAGCCGUGUUUCUCCGGGGACGUCGGUGACUUCAUAAGAAACGUUUUGAGAAGAACGGCAAGAGGUACACUGGACCUUUCCUCGUGGUUCGCCCGGCUGGAUUCGUGCGACCGUGAACUUUUGAAGGAGACUUUGGAGGAUGGCAUCAACGCUGGUAGGGCUGCCACGCCCCUUUUCACUACAGUAUUGCUGGCAAUACUGUGUCUUUUGCGAAUGUUUUGACACUGAUAUUUAUGUUGUAUUCUUAAUCUUUGCCAAGUGAUAACGAUCGUCGAAACUUCUUCUUAUAACUGUACAAUUCAUAAACAGGUAUAACCAAAUUUCUGAUAGAGUCAUAAACCUGUAUUAACGUACCUUUUCAGGAAAAACAGGCAGAGGUCGAGAUAGCAUUUAAUAAAAUAUGUUCUUAGACCAACCGCUGAGAUAUAAUUGACAUAACAUUUGGUCAUAAACAACUCGACAGAGGUCAGUUUUAAAUCAAGUAUUGCUGAUGUGUUUUUAUCCUAAUUACAUGUACAGGUUACAUGCUUCAAAGUAAAGAUAAAUGUUUAAGAUUUAUGGCCUUGUGAACUUAGUAAUAUAAAUAAUAUAUUAUUUUACAAUUUACUUGUAUUCUUCGAUUAAAAAAACCCUCAUAAAUAUUCAAAUAAACAAGAAAAUGUAUAUUUUAUGUAUAUUUUUAAGUUAUUAAAAUUGGUAUUGAC